AUGGCAAACAACUCACAGAAGAAAACAGUUCAAAACAACAAGCAGAAAAUUGUGAUUUCUCUCUGUUUCAUUCUUCCAACAAUCUUUUUCUUUGUGUUUUGGCGAUUCCUUCGUGGGACAUUGAACGGCACUGCUUAUUUUGUGUUUGUUGUCAACACCCUAUUUCAAACACUCCCAUUUCUUUACACGUAUAUGAUCAGUCGCCCAGUGUAUUCUGAGGGCGAGUUACUUGACUGUGGUUCUGAUUUAUCACAAGAAGGGUUAUUAGAGUUUGUCCAUGACAUCAUUUACUUCACUUCGUUUAUUCAAUUGUUGUCGUCGUUUUCAUUCUUUGCGAUGUAUCUCUAUAUUGUUGUUGUGGGAUAUUCUAUUUAUUUGUUAUAUAAUAUGACAAGUGCAUUACCAGGUAUGGCACAGCAACCUGCAGCACCACAACAAGAGCAAAAGAAACAGAAGAUUAAGUACAAGACGUACCAUUAA